UUUUAGGAAAAUAUUGUUAUUGUUACUAUUAUUAAUAAAUAAUAUUGCCCCUCUAUCCCAAUCUGUAUAUAGGACGCAACCUGCCCUCUUUCGCCAUAUUCGACCCCUUCUUUUCCUGAUCGGACUAUAUCUAUAUCUCGUAAAAUCCACCCCAAUUUUUUUCUUUAUUUCAAUAAGCAUAAACUCCUCGAACACAAUCAAUCAAUCAAUCUAAGGAUAAUCGCACCUCCAUCUCUAAUUCGCCGACUGUAAUUCCGCACCUUUAUUAAUUCAUCGAUUUUUUUCUCCCUUCAUGUGAAGCCUUUUUCCCUCGGUUAAUUUUGCCUUAAUUUUAUGUUUUCCCGUUCAAUUGUUGCGGAUCGUUGUAAUCGUACUUGCUUUCUUGUUGAGAUGUCUUGUGAUUUCAUUUUACUUAUGUAUUAAUGGGUAAAUUGAAGAUCUUACCGAUGAUACUUAUUAGCUUUACAAACGUAGGAUUGGGAAAUGGAUUUUUAGGGUUCUGAGUUUCUAGAAUUGUGUUGGGGAUUAGUUAUUUUCCUGAAUCGAUGCGCAACUCGUACAGUCUUAGUAUUUUAUGAAUAUCCACCGCUUUACUUAUGUUAACUUGAAGCAAGUUAGUAAUUGAAGAGUUUAAUUAGAAUAUGGAGCUGAAUUUCAGUUCAAUGAAGUUGUAGUUCAUGAUUCUGAUGAAGAUAUAGGACCCUUUUUUCCCCCUUUCUCUGUAAUUUGUUUGCUUGAACCAAUUAACGGUGAGUUGGAUUGUAUAGCAUUGAAUGAGGUUUUGGUUUUGGUUUCUUCUUUGCUGCUGAGUUUGUAAGGAAGAUGAUAUCAGUAGACAAGACCCUAUUAUAUAGUGGCAAUUUUGCUGAAUGGUGAUAGUUGGGGAUAGAUUUAGUUGAGCAAGUGAACCAAGCUUUUGUUGGCAUGUCUCAUGCCAGAGCAUUCUUGUCUCAUUGUUUGUAUUUCUUUGUCCUUUCUUCGAAAUGGACUCUUGAGUGAUAUUCUUUAACGUUGUUUUAAUUGCAAAGAUGGAUCUUAUGCAAAUGACCUUUUUUGUCCAUAAUACAACUGCAGGUUGUAGGACUCAUUGGUGAUUGUGGCUCCCCAAAUAUGCAAUAAUUCUUUACUUGAAGCCUUAUUACUCCGAGAAUUUUAGGACACUGCUUUACUGAAUUGUUGUUAUGAAAGUUCAUGAAGGCUUGCCAUCCGAUUUGCUAUAAAGCCAACUAAAGAUAUUGUUUUGUGUCAUUUGCUAAAUCAGAACGUUAUAAGAUUCAGACCCUGUUUUAAGGUUCUGAAGCUGCCAGUAAAAGAGAAAUCUCAGUGCCUUUUAGCGUGUACGUAAAUGGCUAGUAGGAAAAGAAGCAUAUCGAAUGAUUCAGAUAUGUCUCAUCUGUACAAGGAAUUGGAUGAAGCCUUAUGUCCCAUAUGCAUGGACCACCCGCACAAUGCUGUUCUUCUCAUUUGCAGUUCCCAUGAUAAGAGCUGUCGCUCAUACAUAUGUGAUACUAGCUAUAGGCAUUCGAAUUGUUUGGAUCGUUUUAAAAAACUGAAAGAGGAAAAUGUAGACAACUUGUCUGCAACUAGUUUGGUACCAGAAGGUAAUCAAGAUUCUGUUUUGAGUGGGAAUUUGGACCUGGCAGUGAUGACCGAUCAUGCAAAUCACACAGAGACACGAACUAGCUCUAUGGAACACAUGGACAUGCGUCAAGGAGAUUCUGGUGGGCACAGUACCCACAAUGCUAAUCCUAGUUCUGGCGAACGAGAAGGGAGGAUUUGGGGAAGCCUUGAUAUUGGGGAACCCAACAUGGAGAAGUCUGAAGAAGUGUCAAAUCUGAGAUGCCCUCUAUGUCGUGGGAGGGUUUUGGGAUGGAAAGUUGUUGAGGAGGCUAGAAAGUACCUCAACCUAAAAACUAGAAGCUGCUCUCAUGAAUCAUGUUUGUUCUCUGGUAGUUACAGGGAGCUGCGAAGGCAUGCAAGAAGAGUUCAUCCAACAGUGCGCCCGGCUGAUGUUGACCCGUCUAGACAGAGAGCCUGGCAUCGCCUUGAAGGUCAGAGGGAGUACAAUGAUAUUGUUAGUGCAAUUCGUUCUGCCAUGCCAGGUGCCGUUGUCUUCGGUGACUAUGUGAUUGAUGGUGGAGAUAGGCUGUUGGGUGAAAGAGAUAGAAAUGGAGGCGCUGGUGAGGGUAGCAGGUUGUUAAGCACCUUAUUCUUGUUUCAGAUGUUUGGUUCACUGGAACCUGGAGCCGAGCCAAGAGGUGGCCGGUCAAGACAGUUAGCAAGACAUCGCCGAGCUGCUGGAACCUCUUCCAGACGUCGCUAUCUCUGGGGUGAAAAUCUAUUGGGCCAUCAAGAUGAUGAGGAUGAUGAGGAUGACGAGGAUCAUGAUGCAGACCUUAAUAUACUAAGUGAUCUUGGGGAUAAUGCUCCUCCAAAUCCAAGACGGCGUCGGAGGCUAACACGUGCCGAGUCGGAUGAAGACCAACAAUAGGGAUGUAUAAAUUGCAUAUAAACUCGAAGAAGCUCAUGGUCGGUCUUGUCUGACCUGUUUUACGACCAUCUGACGAGAUGCAGGUGACCUCUUGAUGAAGAUUCGGCAUAUGCCCGAAACAAGGGUCAUAAUGUGUCAGCUCUACCCCAGAAUAAUGGACGUGCUGACUUGCGUUAUAUCUGGGCUUGUUCAUAUAUAAGAUGUGAUUUCCCCCCACAUGUUAGGGAAAGAAUAAUCAAGACCUCUGUAUUUUCAUUCUUUUCAGCUGCUGAAAAUGUGUGAUCUUUCUGUAUCCAUUACCUUACACUGGAUUGGUAUUAUGACCUUUCAGCUUCCUAGUUGUAUCUUUUGAAAUGCCAAUUGUCUGUUGUUACAUGCUAA